UGCCCGGCUUACUGCUGCGAUAUUCUUGGAGAGGGACAGCCUGUUGUCCAUCACCACUCCGAGAUUCUUGGCACAGGGUGAUGAUGUCACUAAGGUGUCCCCUAGGGAAAUGGAAAAGUCGAGGAGGGGAGAGGAUAGAGCAGGAAUAAAGAUUAGCUCCGUCUUUCCCGGGUUGAGCUUCAGGCGGUGAUUGUCCAUCCAGCUCUGUAUGUCCCUCAGGCAAGCGGAGAUGCGGGCAGGGACCUGUGUGUCCGAUGGGGAGAAAAAGAGAAAGAGUUGUGUAUCGUCGGCAUAGCAGUGAUAGGACAAGCCAUGGGCAGAGAUUACAGGGCCAAGGGAUCUGGUGUAUAAGGAGAAGAGAAGGGGACCGAGGACUGAGCCCUGGGGAACUCCGGUGGCGAGGGGACGGGGUGGUGAUACCUUACCCGCCCAGGCAACCUGGAAGGAACGGUCAGAGAGGUAAGACUCAAUCCAGUCAAGGACUGUGCCGCAGAUCCCUGUUGCUGCCAGGGAGGACAGGAGGAUAGAGUGCUCUACAGUGUCAAAUGCAGCGGAGAGGUCUAGAAGAAUCAGGACAGAGGAGAGGAAGGCUGCUCGUGCGGCAUGGAGUGACUCACUGAACGAGAGGAGUGCAGUCUCGGUCGAGUGGCCAGGCCUGAAGCCAGACUGGUGGGGAUCAAGCAGGUUGUUGUGAGAGAAGAAAGCAGAGAGUUGGUUAGAUGCAGCACGUUCAAGUGUUUUGGAUAGGAAAGGGAGGAGAGAUACCGGGCGGUAGUUCUGAAUGACUGAAGGAUCUAGUGUGGGUUUCUUCAGCAGCGGGGUGAUGUGGGCCCUCUUGAAGGAUGCCCCUCAAACAUCCAGAAGAUAGGGAGGAGUUCAUUGUCAUUGAGUUAUUUUGUCAUCAUUGAAAUGUCAUUUCAAAUGGGUACAUUUUGGCUUUGUUUUGUGUCUUUUUUUCUGAUUAGGGACACGCCUUUAUAAGCACUGCACAGAGUACACUCGCACCUGUGUACCGUAGUCUUACGUGGAAACCGGAUAUGAAACCAGGAAAUGAGCUUCAAAAACGAAAUGUGGGUUUGUUCGUUUGGUUCUAGCCUACUUGGCGUCUGUUUGCGACAGGGACUGCGACCUUCCACACAACCCCUACGCAGAAGUAUAAAACAGCCUUUAACCAAACGCAGCAGACGUUUGGACUGUGAUAUAUAUAUAUAUAUAUAUAUAUAUAUAUAUAUAUAGCUAGGUUAGUUUCAAACUAAGUACAGAUUCCAAGGACAAAUUGUUCUUAAUACGCUGGCGAGUCCGGUAAGUCUUAAAUUUAUUCUGGUUUAUUAGGUUAUGCCGAGCUCAACAUUAACGCUUGUCCGGGACAAGCAAACUUUAUGAUCGGACAAGUGGAAUGGCUCUUCCAGUUGUCCGAUGGGACAGGCUGAAUCAUGGCAACCAGGACCUUCACAAAGGGAAGAAAUCUGACCAUAAUUUUGUGAAUUACGACAGAUGGACAUCUAUCAAGCUCACAGAAUAUUCUUUCAGAGGAAAUUAGAUAUGUGGCAUUUUAAAGUCCCUUUAUGGAUGGCAUAUCUAUUGCUCCUGUUCUGUGGCCUCGCCUAUUCCUGUGGAAGUGCAUAUUAUGAAAUGAAUGGAAAGUGCUGUCCAAUGUGCACACCUGGGACACAUCUUCAUGAGGGCUGCACAGAGUACGCUAGCACCUCCUGUGUACCGUGCAAUCAAAACACAUUCAGCGCCUUGCCGAACCGUCAGCCAUAUUGUUCCUCUUGUACAGUGUGUGAGCCAGACUUGGGUUUAAAAACAGAGAGAGAGUGCACCCCCACCUCUGACACUGUGUGUGGGCCUCUGGAUCACCACUACUGCACUAAGACUGAUAAUAAGAGUUGCAGCUUUGCGCAGAAACACACCAUCUGCAGGCCUGGACAGUUCAUCAUACACAACGGAACAACAUCGAAUAAUACCAAAUGUGAAAACUGUCCCGAUAAAGCUUUUUCAAAUGAAUCCUUUUCUGCAUACUGCAAACCACACACAGAUUGCCAGUCCUUGGGACUUCAGGAAAUUACAGCAGGAACAAACACAUCGGACAGUGAAUGUGGACCAAGAAAUAUUCCUGUUUCCAUUAUUGUGCCUGUGCUACUUGUAUCAGUAUUAGUUGCAGUUGUCAUUUUAACAAUCAUUUUCAUUUUAAAGUGGAAAAAGAAGAACAGGGUAACAGAUCAGGCAGAAAGAGAAAGAAUGAACAGGACAGACCAGCUGGAGGUUGAAGGGUUGCAGGGAGGGCUGGAGCCGAUCCCAGCAUGUGGGCAAGAGGCAGGAAUACUCCCUGGACCGGCUGCCAAUCCAUCGCAGGACCCUCACAGCAUUCACUCUUGCAGUCAUGCCUAAAGGCAAUUUAUCACAAUCUUAAUGUCUUUGAACUAUGGGAGGAAACUGUAUCACAAGGAAACCCACAGUGACAUGGAGAGAAAAUGAGUCCAGGGUUUCCGCCAGUGUAUUGCAAGCCCGGCGGCCCGCCGGGCCUAAGUUGACCUUUUUUUUAAAAAUGUAUUUUUAAGAUGUUUUUUAAACUAGUUACAGUGGGGCGGCUCGGUUGAAAAGCUCACUAGCGACAUAUGUUGGUUAAAACGUGAACGCACUGAAGGAAAGCAGAUCUGAGAUCAGUGUUCUUUACCCUCAUUGUGCAUAGUGUGACGUUCAACACUUGACGCUUCCAACUAACACGAGCUAACGUUACCUAGCAAGCCACCAUUUCUUAUUUCGUAGGCUAACUAACCUUGUUACAAACUGCGUUAUCCCUUCAUCUCGUCAGUAAGUAGGCCUACAUUCUUUUUAUAUUAACUUAAGCAGUGUGUAGCUAACGUUAAAAUAGUAGCAUGAAUGUAACGUUCGAUAUAUUGUAACAUUACAUGACUUAUUAAUUGCCAUCGAAGUAACAACUUCACUUGUUUAUUAAUAACGUUAGCUUGAUGACAGUGCGUUGUCAUAAAAUUUUUCCCGACUGUGAAACUGCCUGACUGCCUUACAUUUUGGACAGAUGUGGCUACAUAGUAAAUCCAUCGUUGUUUCCAUUGCAGCACUUUCGACAUAGCCUACGUAAUAUCAUAAAAAUCCAAAAAUUUCUUCUUAUGGUGAAGAGUGCCUGACCGGCAACCGUAAACAUGUGUUAACAAAAUUAUGCUAUAUCUAGAAAUACCAUCUUUGGGGAAAAAACGCUACGGUCAAGGGUCAGGCACUCUUCACGAUAAGAAGAAAUUUCAGGAUUUUUUCGAUAUUGCUUGUGCCUAAAGUACUGGAACGGAAACAACGAUUGAUUUACUGAGGAGCCACAGCUGUCCAAAAUGUAAACAAGUCAGCCAGUUUUCACGGCUGGGAAAAAUCUUCUGACAAUGUGGUCAUGUAGCUAACUAACCUAGCUAGCUAGCCAAACAGUCAGUAACACAGAUACUUACUUUGUGCCAUUUAGGGAUAAUGUCAAGGAGGAAAGGUAGCCUACUGUAAAAGCCAAAAAACUUUAGACAGUUUUUUAAAUGUUUAAAUGUGCCCAGCAUUCCAAGGCUUGUUGUAAGAUCCAGUAGCCAAUCAGGACUUGAAUACAAGUUUUUUGUAGAGUGCAAAAACCUUGAUAUUAUUUAUUUUUAUUUAAUUUCUUUUGUUGUUGUUGAAAUGUGCCCAGCAUGCCCAGGCUGUAAGAAUCAGUUGCCAAUCAGGACUUUUUUCAAGUUUUUUGUAGAAUGCAAGAGAUAUUUUGUAGAGGUAUUAUUUACUUAAAUUGAAUUAAAUUUAAGUUCUUUUGUUGUUCUUGAAACCACAGCAUUCCAAGACUGUACAUUGUUGUCAGAUUCUUUGUAAGACUCUGCUAUGCUGUAAAUAGUUGUUGAUUUUUUAAAAUGUGUGUUGAAUAAAUGACUUUAUAACAACA